AUGUUCGGCAAUUACAUCAAGUCGAUGCCCAAGCUCAAUGAUGCGGACGAACGAAGAAAACAGUCAUCAAAACCAGGGCCCGCGCAGGUCAAAGCCAAAUACACGCGUGGUAGCACAAGCUCAGGCAAAGCAUCCAGCUCGACUCGCUGUCAGAAGUGUGAGAAAUUUGGCCACUAUACCUACAAUUGUCCCGCCGCUCAAGCACCCUACAAGGCCCGACCAUCACGUACUCAACAGUUACUCAACCCAAAGCCUCAACGUGAUACACCAUCCGUUGAAGUCCCUGAAGAAUUCUUAACCAAGAAAGGAAUCGCCGAGAAAAUCUUGGCCACCAACGAACUUAAGAGACAUGAAACUAUCUCGAAACCUCCAGCAUCCAAACCAUCCAAAAGUUCCGAUUCAAGUGACUCUGGAAGACAUACGCGCAAGAAAGUCAAGCGUACCAACAUCCCCCGAUCCAAACCCAGAAAAUCCGGCACUCCGCCUCUUCGUCAUCGCCAUCGCCAUCGUUCAAGGUCCGUCUCGCCCAAAGCAAAUGGAUCCCAGACUCCACCGAGUUCGGGAGGUGUCAAAUCUCCAUCAGCUGAAUACCGCCGCCCCAGAUCGCCAUCUCCCAAACCAGUUGGAUCUCGAACUGCAGUGAAACCCAGGCAAAAAUCCCCUUCCGAUACCCUCGGCGUAGAUUUCCCUCAGCGGAUCGUGAUCGUGCUGGUUCCCGGUCUCCUCCUAGAAAUGCUACUACAUCCCGAGCCCCACCGAGCCCUAGGCGUAGAUUUCCAUCGCAGGAUCGUGAUCGGAGUCGUUCCCGGUCUCCACCCAGACGGGACCUUGCUAGAUCCCGCGCUCCACCCAGCCCCAGACGGAGAUUUCCCUCGGUGGACCGUGAUCGCAGUCGUUCCAGAUCAGACAGAUCCCGAACUCAGUCCAGUCCCAGAGAAAUGCGUGGAGCGCCUCGGCAUAAAAGACGCUCAAGAUCUCGCUCAAGAUCUCCUGUCAGGUCGAAUCGAUCUCCAACUCCGCCUAGCCCCAGACGAAAGCAUUCAGACCAGCGAGAAAGAUCUCCACCUAGACCUGCGAGAUUUCCACCACCACCCAGUCCCAGACGAGGCCCCAGGGCUCGCAGUCGCUCUCCAAGACGGCCAAGCCAAGCGACUGAUCACUGUCGCCCCGAUUCUAAAUAUCGUGACAAAGAGGCUUCCAGAGAUCGUCAUCGGAGUGUCGUCGGGGACAAGCGCGUCAAACAACGGGCCACUAGUGAUGACAGUGAUCAUUGACUCUUUUCAGAACAAUCUUUUCAAAUGUUCCAAGCAGCGUGUUUUUCCCCCGCUCAGGAACAAUCUCAAAGAAUUGAAUGGGUUCAUAUCAGAAUACAACGAGUAG